AUGGCGCCCGCGUCCCCUCACGGCCCGCCGCCUCACGCCGUUGCUGCGGCAACCGACAGCCACACAGCGACCGAGGCGGGCCUGCCUCGCCUUUUCCAUUGGCCGCUCCUCUUGUCUGUCAGCGCGAAGAGCCGCCCCUUCCGCUGUAGUAGGAGAGUUCUGGGCUAUGUGAUUAUCCGCCUCUCUUACCCUGCUAGGACUGGACUACAUGGAACUCUGGUGAUUAGACUGUUACUCACGCUUGUCAUCAUGUUGGCAGAAGGCAUCUUAACUAGCCUCAUAUAUAAGGAAAGCUGUCAUCAAGAUAAGCCUCGCAAAUCUCAUGCAUCCAAAAAGGAUAAAGAGGGAAUCUGGAGACAGAAACUCGUAGACAACCCAACAAUUAAAGGCUUUGCUGAUGGACAUGAGAAGCAGGAUGAGAUCUCUCCUAAAAGUAGCAAAAUGGAACACAGGAGCGGUCCUCAAUGGACAUCCGUAAAAGAGGUACCUGCAAAAGAUCAGAAAACACUUGUUAAAGGAACCAUAUCGCCAGCUUUACAUAUCCCCAAAAGAGAGCGAAGUCCCCAACAGAUGGAUUUGUAUAGAUCCUGGUCGUGCAACAGCAUUUAUCAGCACUACCCUGACUUACAUAUUGGGGGGGACCGUGUGGGGGACCAUACGUGCGAUUCAGGCUGUGUUUUGGACCAUGUGUGCGAUGAACUUCCCAAUGGCCCUGUUCUGCUGUCCAUAGAUAUUCCUCUAGGUCAGUCCCUUCUGUGUGAGCAUCCCAAAAAGGCAAGUGUCAAGUCCCUGCCUGGAGAUGAAGCUGGAGAAAGGAGUAGCAUGCUCUGUGUGGAGCCUCUUUCAAACUCCGUGCUCAACAAGUACAUGGAAACAAAAGUGGCAGAGCUCUAUAAACAGUUCUUUGAAGAAAACUUGACCAGGUGUGGUUCUGUAACAAACCUCCUCACCUGCAGUUUGAUAAGGAAUAACCUGAAUCUGAGAAGCUUUCAGAUAUCCCAGGAGCAGAAUAUAGAAACAUCAAAAGCCAGAGAAGUGCUCUUGCACUCCUUAGCUUUGUUUAGUUUGUGCAACACUACCAACGGAAAUAGCUCUGAAUUUAGUACUCCAAACUUACAAAUCUCAAACCCAGCAUGCAUAAAGAGCUGCAGGACACAGUUUACAUCGUGACUGAUCUGCUUAGCUGAAGAGAUGAAUACGAUUCGGAUAUGAAUAUUUCACUCUAAGGAUUAUGUUGGGGAAUGAAAACAUUUACACACUACAGACUUGUUCAAGUAAAUAUUUUAACACUUAAACCAUCCUUUGUUAGCAGAGGAAGUAAAGGUCACUGUUUUCUUUUUUCCUAAUACAGAAUUUGAAAUUAAUUUCUCUCUAAAAUGCUAGUCAACCAUCUUUUCAUAAUUUGUAUGUCAUCCUCCUAAGACUCUGGCUGUACAAGUAAUUGUACGUCUGUACCAUCGGACUUACUCCUGCAAGAAAAAUCAGUCGAGACGUGUGCUGGUAAAACUUUGAUCUGAGAGACUGAUCCAGCCAACCAGUAAGUAAGAGUCACGUUGUCUUUGCUGGACUUUGGAUUGGGCUGUGUAGUUGAAGCCCAAGUUUUUGGACGUUCAUAUUUUGCUCCUGCAAAGCUUGUUCACAGCGGCUAAGAAAAUGCUCCUUUGGUCUGAAAAUCUUAUCAGCAGAUGGACAUGUUCAGGGCUCUGGAUUAUUUUGUAUAUAUUAUCAUACAUAGGAAAUGUAUCAACAUGGAACAUGAAUGAAGGCACUGAUAUUACGUAUGUAUGUUUGUACUGCGUAGGUGGAGUAUGUUACAGUGAAAAUCUAGGUGAAAUAGUUGAUAUUGUAAAAGUAUUUCAUUUUCUGUAAAUAAAAAUGUUUUCCUUUUAAAUAAAUCCUUGCCUCUUUGAUGAAAUCCA